AUGUGGCGAGUCCCAACAGAUGUCCCACAGGUCGCCGUACCGAAUGGACUCAAGCUCGCGGAAGUGACCGUCGAUACACCGUUGGAUGAAGUGUUCAAGCACUGGAAGGAAAGCGGCGGCGUCAUCCUGAAGAACAUGCUCACCACCGCGGAAGCGAAGCAGAUCACCACAGAACUCGAGUCCCGCAUCGACUCCGUCCAACGAGGCUCCCGAGUUCCCCAUCCAGACCUGGCAGCUUUCCACGGCACCAAAACCAAGCGUGCAGGCGACCUCAUUAACCACAGCGCCACGUUUCGAGAGCGGAUUCUCGAAAAUGACUUUAUCCACGCCAUCUGCAAGCGCUGCUUCAGCGAAGGUGGGCAUAACGGAGACUACUGGCUCUCGGCGGCGACAACGCUCAAUGCUUCCGGACCGCAGCCCGGGCAGGUCUUGCAUCGCGAUCUCACCUCCUAUCCACCAUACGCCCAGCUCGGCCCUGAUUGCACCGAACCACAGAUCAACUUCCUCUUCGCCUUCUCCGACUUCAGGGAUGAGAAUGGCGCCACGCGCAUCAUCCCUGGGAGCAACAAGUGGCCCUUUGACCAACGCGGAAACAUGAACCAGACAAUCCCAGCCGAGAUGAACACGGGUGACUGUCUACUGAUCGGGGGGAAAGUCAUUCAUGCGAUGGGCGAGAACAAAACGGAGAUGGAACGGAAAUGUAUCCAGCUGACGGUCAUCCCGAGUUUCCUGACUCCGUCGGAAGCACAUCCUUUCAUAAUCAAGCUGGAAACCGUGAAGAAGUUGUCCAAGCGUGCGCAGCGAUUCGUCGGGUUUAGAUCGCAGUACCCUCGAGGCUCGCCAGGCUUAUGGACCAAGGAUUAUAUCGAAUUGGCAUUGCACUUGGGUUUGGAUGACCUUCAGGGGGCUAUGGAGGACUUGCAGGAUGUGAUCAACCAGCCGAAACAAUGGGAUACAAUUGAUUAUGACAAUGUUUGA